AUGCCGCGGGCAAAAGGCGAUAUCGCGGCGCAGGUUUGGGCCACUGACAAGGGCGAUAUCGCCCAGGUUUGGGCCACUGACAGGUCCCUUCUAGUGCAGUUGAGCUUGCGGGAGGACGGGGCUGCUCGCAUAGCCCAGUUGGAGCUCAUGGCAGCGGUGGUCACGCUCAUUUGCCACGUCGGAGUCGCAAUCCUGACUUUGGACAAGAUGGCAGGACAGGUCCACUGCCUACUCUUUGGCAUCAAGCAGGCCCUGGAAAGGCAGCAGCUGCGAAGCCCAGGCGUCCUGUUCUCCAGGGUGAACCAGACCGAGACGGCGCGCUGCAGCCUGGAGAGGCUGCAAGCGCCCCUGGAUCUGCUGGCCUUAGGCGCGGUGUACUACCGGCCCCCGAGAUCACGGCGCUUCGGGCGCCUGGGCAGCACGCUGCUACCUUUGGACUCCCCGGAUAGGCUGCAGGCUCAGGAGGUGCUGCUGCAGGAGGCCGGGGAGCUGCGGAUCCACACGCAGCCGAAGCGCUACGGAGUCCAGCCGAUCAUCUCAGAGCAGCUCCACUUCUGCGGGGACUAUGUGGUAGUGGACAAGCCUUGCGGCAUACCUUGUGCCCCCCACGUCAGCAACGGACGCGAGUGGCUGAUUCCUUUGGCCGCCGCAGCGGCGGCCGCGCGCCUGAAGCGAGGGCGAGAGCUGCGUGCCUGUCAGCGCUUGGACGUCAGCACUUCUGGGCUGGUGGUUUUGGCCAGGACCAAAGCUGCCGCGGAUCAUUUCCAGCAGCUGCUGCGCGGUGGCCGCGUACGGAAGAUCUACCGCGCCCAGAUUCCAGGGAAGAUCGCUUUGCUGCCAGAGCACCUGGACAACUGGAUCUCCGACUCGGUCUUCGGGGUCCCGGCCCCGCGUCUCAUCGCGCCCUUAGGCGCAGACGUUGAACACGGUACGCACAAGUGGCGCAGGGCGCAGACGUCGGUGCUCAGCCAACAACCCAGCCAAAAGGAGAAGCUGGAGCUUCGCCUGAAGUUGCACUCAGGGCGCACCCACCAGCUGCGGGCCCAGCUGUCCUCGCACGGCGCUGUGAUCGAUGAGGACCGGCUGUAUGCGCCCCUGGCGGGCUUCCAGUGGCUCUCCCCCGCGGACGACCCGGAGGCGGCCGAGCGCGUGGACCGAGGAGGGAAGGCGGCGGGGACCGACGAUCCCAUCGCGCUGCAGUGCUGUGAGGUGAGCUUUGAUGGUCUCACUGUCAGAUCUGGCGAGCCCUGGCGCCAGGGUACCUGGACGACCCUGAUCAUGAGCUGA